AUGGGACAACAAUUCCGCAUUGAGUAUUGGAGCGACUUUGUUCAUGGAACACUUACAGAAAGAAUCCCUAGAACGACACUUGAGGAAGAACUGCAAGAAUGUAGAGAGAGAAGUGGUCAAAGCCUUCCUACGGUUAGGGGGCCAGACACCACCACAACAGGACAUCCAUUUCCAGGGCGCCACCACCCACAUUCACCGCCCCAGCCUCAACCAGCAUCUUGCCCAUCAUCCCCAGAUCUCAUUCUACCCGCGCCUGCUCCACCAUCCCCAGCACAUUCCUCCACAACCGACUCAAUAAUCUCUGUAGCCAACGUAGUAGAAGAAUUGCAGGACAUAUUGAUUCCUAUGCAACCAGCGAUGCCCCUCCCCCAACUCCCUUAA